AUGCCCGACCCUAAAGCCAACUCCACAACCAUCAACUCACACACCUCAUCCAAAACUGCGCAACCCGACCCUUCACGCCCUAGGGGAAUCUGCUUCUGCAACAAGCCCGACUAUAAAGCCUACAUCAAACCCAUCAUGCCCUGCAACAACAAGCGAUGCCGACCCCGCUGGUACCACAAGCACUGCGUUGGAAUGGACCACAUACCUGCUAUCUUUCUGGACUGGUACUGCGACCAAUGUAAGCAUCUUGCGCCACCCAUUCCUCAAGACGGUAAGUGUGUCUGCAAUACACCACCGUAUGCGAAUGGGCCGAUGCGAGAGUGUGCGAAAAAGGGAGAGUGUAGUAUACGUUGGUUUCACUAUCCUUGUACGAAGGCGCAGGGUGACACUGGUGGGAAGUGGAUUUGUAGGGAGUGUGAGAGUAGGGGUGAAGAACAAGAAGAAGUGAGUGAAGAGGCGGACAAGGCAGCUGCCGAUGGCGAAUCUGGCGCUGAAGAAGUUGGCGCUGAAGAAGGUGGGGUCGAAGAGGUUGGUGUCCAAGAAGGUGGUGUCCAAGAAGUUGUUAUUCUAGAAGGUGAUGUUGAAGAAGGUGGGGUCGAAGAAACCGGGGUGGCAGACGGUACCGGAGGUGUCUCUGUGCCUGAGGACGGCGCGGCGCAGGCUACCAAGCGCAAGCGUGACGACGAAGAUGAGACGGCCCCAGUGGAGAAUAAGAGGAAGAGUGUGGGUGAAGACGCUGGAGAUGAGGUUGGACUAGCACAUUCGCAGUCCCCUGAGCCUGAGCCGUCUGUUGAGUUUCAGCCAUCUCUUGAGCCCCAGCCGUCUCUUGAGCCGCAAGUGGAAUUCUGCAUCUGCGGCACGCCAGAUAAUGAAGAAAUGAUUGGUUGUGACAACGCCGAGUGUGCUCAUCAGUGGUACCAUUUCGAGUGUGUUGGGCUGACGGCGGCGACAGUGCCGAAAGGCAAGUGGUUUUGUGAGGAGUGUCUGCAGAGGUAUGGUGAGGGAGAGGAUACUAAGGCUGCAAGGUGA